AUGAUCGGUGAAGGAAGUACGAAUGUGGUCACAGUGAAGUGUUUAGAAGAGGUCGACUUGUUGACUAACUGCGAGUUGAUUGAUUUCGGUGUGGAUCGGUCCACAAAGCCAAUCGCCUUAUUUGCGUUAACAUCUGAUAAACGCGUUAUCCGGUUCAGUUCAGCUAAAGCGCCUGACUAUCUAACAGUAGCUUCAGGUUUGUUGAUCCAUUAA